GAAAAGGCGAGUUUGGGUGUGUCUGUGGGGGGGGGGGGGGUGGGGGCGGACUGCCCUGGUGGCCUGUGUGUGUACCAUCGUAUUCCAGGGGCCCUUUUGAACAGGAGUUAAGCUUGUGGUGAAGCUAUAGUGAAGCGUCUGUGUGUGUGUGUGUGUGAGUGAGUGUGGCAGUUGCUAGAAUAGCUGACAGGUUUGAGGUGACUGCCCUGACCUUGAAUAGGGUUCAAUAUGAACGUAAGGUGAUUGGCUGAAGUAGAAAAUGUGUCUGCUUUGCUAAAAGUAAUGUAUUUUAAAAUGUGGCUGUGUUUUCUGGAUUUUACUUCCAUACUUGUCCCUAGUUCAAAGUGAUGUCUCUGGUUGGUGUAUUUUUAAGCUAGCAUGCUAUCGCUCCUGCCCCUCAGAUGUGUUUACCACGUUACUCCAAAAAUAAGGAGCUUAACCUUAUUGCUCACGCCUUAUUAACCCAUCCAGCACAUGUGCCUGGAUUUUGAACCUCAGGCACUUGUGUUGAUGCUGUUUAAAAUCAGCACAGUUGGAGAUUUUAACUUAAGGGCACAGUUUUCUUCAUAGGUUUUGCUGGUGUGGGAUGAGGCAUUUUCUUUUGAAGUUUGAUCGCAUUUUCAUAUCCACAAGAGGAAACCAUAUCCAUCCUAUAGGCUUACUAAACUGGCGCUGGAUUAAGUAUGAAUUGUUUGUAUUUGCUUAAGUGUGCACACUUCCUCUGUGUUAUUUCCUUGACAUUAGAGCAGCUGCUGUAACCGUUGAUCUCACCACAGACAAGUUGCAGAGUUGAAUUCAGGUCAUCAGAGUCACAUAGAUGUUAUCAAUAGCAAAAUCCAAACUACAAUGCACUGCUUUAGAAGAAAUUGUUAGCAAACUCUCAAAUACGUAGGUAAUAACUUUAUUUCCAUAUUCAGGAAAUUAGUUUUGGUGUGCGUGUGUCAUUCUAAGCCAGGGUAUCUAACACAAACUAACCCACACAACACAAGCAAACCCACGUGAUACAAGGCUAUCUCACGCAACACAACCUAACCCACACAGCUCAAGCUAACUCACAUAACACAAUUUAACCCACAUAAAACAAGCUAACCCACACACUGCAAAGAUAGCCCAUAAAUGAAAGCAAACUCACAUAACACAAGCUACCCACAAUGCAAAGCUAACCCAAACAAUACAAAGCUAGCUCCCACAACUGAAAGCCAACCUGUAAAACAAAGCUAACCCACACAGCACAAAUCUUACCCCCACAACGCAAAGCUCACACACAAGAAAACAAACCACAAGCUACCAUAUCUCAAAGUAUUUUUUAAUCAUGCGCAUUUUGGGUUAUAAAAAGUAAUGCCGGAGUGCUUGUGUAACCUGUGUACAAUCUGUCCAUGUGCAAAAAAGCACACUCCCACAGAAACAAACACACAGACAGUCGCAGUGCUUUAGUUAGCACAACCCUGUGUGUCUCUGUUUACACAUCCAAAGGGCUGGCGCUGGAACAAGAGCCACACAAAUGUGGUUUAUCCAGGGCCUCUCUGUCUCUCAGCCACCUGCCCUUCCAUUCAGUGGUGACCUUGGUGCUUAUGAGGAGGCAAGGCUUGACCUACAUCCACCCCCUAACAGGAACUACAACCCCCACCAGCACCACCUCCUCCCCCACCCACACACCCCCUUCCACGUCACCAAAUAAAGGAACCGGUAUUUUUCAGGUCGGUCCUCUCUGAUUUUGUUUUGAACAUUCACAUUUCUUUCUCUAAUAAAAAAGCGUCUGCAUUCCGAGGUUGAUGCAUUUUAAUGUUAAGCAGGAGGACUAAAGCAAAUCGAAUGAAAAGUAGUACACUUCAGGUAUGGGGAAAAAGUGAAAAAUGUGCAAUGGUUGUGUACCUAUUGUAGAUUAGUGGCUAUUCAACAGUAUGAGCCAUCUUUUCGAACAUGGUCAUGAUUCAGCUGUGUCUAUGACGUAUUUCGUGCCAUACAAAAAAUGAACAGUUGAAACGUGCCAUUCCUUGCUUGGAUAUUAAAUAAAUGUAGUGCAAAUGUCCCUGUGUAUCUGAAGCUGUUCUUGUAGGGAUGUGGAGCAGCAGGCUACAUGACUCUUCUCUGAGGCGCUAACGUGUGUACGCUAGGUCAGCAUUAGCACGCAGAGGCUUAGCACUGACCGGUGGGAGUUUAGCAAUGGGUUAGCCCAGCUCCAAUUUGACUUCCUAUUUUUUAUUUAUUUUAGUCGAGUGUCAAGGGACAACUUAUGUAAGUUGUUUCACACACAACCCACACAAAGCAGCGAGCAUCUGUUGCGGCCGCGCACACUUUGACAUCAAAGUGCCGCGACACUGGCAUGCUAAUGCUUAGCUAACCGGGUGCUAGACCCAGUCAUUACAUCUGACAGUAAUAGCGCUUCGUGGUAACUAAUUUUCACUUAGCCACAGAUGCUUCGGCAAGGUCGAGUGCUAAUACGUAAACGCUUUUGUGGGAAUAAAAGGAGGAAGUAAAAGGUGCUUCCCGCCCACUCACCAACCAACACACACACACACACACACACACACACACACACACACACACACACACACACACACACACACACACACACACACACACACACACACACACACACACACACACACACACACACACACACACACACACACACACACACACACACACACACACACACACACACACACACAGAGAGAGACACACACACACACACACAUGUAUCAGAAGACGUUUCAGUCAAGCAAAACCAGGGCAAUAGCCAAUGGAGGGAUUAUGUAGCCGGUGCGUGACCAACCAACACUUAAUAAAGGCGCGGUAUUGCAUGAGACCACAGCGCACGAUGGGAAAUAUCCCGCUUCCCACAAUGGGGCCACUCUCAGUGGGGGGGGGGGGGGGGGGGACCUACAGUAGUCAUGCUACUAGGCAAGGCAGUGGCCAAGUCAACCCCCACCACACCAGCCCUAAAUACCCUUACCUUCCCCCCUAGCCAGAUAACAUGUCAUACCUACCCGGGUGCUAAAUAGCUGUAAAACAUUACAAAGUGUGUGUGUGUGUUUAAAUAAGGCAGUGGGCGGCUAUGAGCUCUUUGAGUAACAGAUGAGGUAAUGAGGUAAUAGUCCCCCUCAGAGCAGAGAGAAGGCCUGUGUGUUAGAGCGUGUGUGUGCAUGGUAAUGGGGGGGUUGUUAACCCUGGGAGCAGUUGUUGUACUAGGGAGUGGGAGGAAUUUCACUGUAAGUAAGGCUGAUAUAGCUUCACAAUUAGCUUCACUUUAGCUUAAAUAUAACUUCCCUAUAGCUUCACUAUAGCUUAACUCCGGUUCAAAUAGAGCACCGGAAAACCAUCUCAAAAAGCCAGCACUCACCGGGGCAGUCCCUGUCUUUUAACCCCCCCCCCCCCCCAAUCUCACACUCCCUCUCUCUUAUUGUCUUCCUCUUAUUUUUUUGGCUCUCUCCUUUCUCACUCUAUCAUGCACCACGGAACUCCACAUACAAUCUUAGGGUGGUUGAAGAGAAAAAAUGGAAAGAAUGAGAAAAGUGGGUCAGGGCGACCUAUUUUUCCGAUUUUUUCCUUCUCUUUCUUUCCUUCUCUCCCUCCCUCUCCCUCUCUCUCUCUCUCUCUCUCUCUCUCUCUCUCUCUCUCUCUCUCUCUCUCUCUCUCAACCCCCCCCCCCCCCACACCCGAUAGUUCAAGGGAGGCAGAGGGUGGCUGAGUUGUCGUUGGUUGGACGAGGAGCAGGGGCUGAUAGGAAGGCAGGGCCCUGUCGUGAGAUGCAGCCAUUCAGAACUGGGUCAGUGGCAGAGGGCUACUUCUUGUAAACGGCUUGUCAGACUGGGGAGAAAAGCUGCAAAUGAACCAUAGAUUAUACACCAGGAGUGGAGGCAUGGAGGUCUCUCGCUCUCUCCUCUCUGUCUCUCUCUCUGUCUCUUGUCCUCCUCCCACUUCACACACAUACACAUAUAUGGUUCGAGUGUACACAUAUGAUGGUCACACGCACACUUAUUCACACAUACAAGUUGCAUUACAGAAACAUACGUACGAACAUCGUAGGUGCAAACAGGCUCACUUCCUAGGGUACAGGCUUUACACAUGAGCACACACAAGGACACAUACUCAAACACUUGUCACAGACCCCCACACACAGGCAUAUAAAGACGCACUUGACAAAGACACACACACACACACACACACACACACACACACACACACACACACACACACACACACACACACACACACACACACACACACACUCAGUUAGAGUCUCUGAAGCAGUGUCUCCUGCUAUAGGUCUCUCUCCCACUACACCCUGGCUCCAGUAAUAGUGUGUGAUUACUGCAGUUAGCCCUGACAAGCUCAAAGCCCAGUGCUACACAAGCUUUUAAGUCAAUGCUAUCCUCUUCUUUUUUUUCUUCCUCUUUUUUUUUGUUGAAUGUUCCCCUUCCCUGUUCAUUGACACAAGGCUUCCUGUCUAUCUAAAUAUAACCCACUCUCUCACUGAUUGGCUGGGCAUUAUUCAGGUCAGCUUGUUUACUGUACCACGCUCAGCCCCUGGUCUCUGCCGUGAUUGCUUAUUCAGCUGAGAUCGUCCCUCUCUCCACACACCCUUACCGAAAGCCUGAAAGAAGAAUGUUAAAGAAGAUCACAUAAAAGGAAUGUAUUUUUAAACGGAUUACCAAAUGGCCUCUUUUAUUGGUUGUUUAUCUAUGGUCGUGCUGUUGUCACGGUCUCAGACGGAAACGUUGGGAUAAACCCAGCAGGGGGUCCUGAAUCCCUGCCUGACCAAAAAAAACAACGUAAUUAUUCAUAAUACACAAUCUGUGUGGCUGUACUCGGGUCUGAGCCCUGGGGUUUACUCCUGUAUCCUCCCUGCUCAUAACACAAGUACAAUGCACGUAUCUAUGUGUUUAUGUUUCUCUCAUGUGGUUAGGAAUCCUCCCAGUAAUGACGUUUGGUGGUCAACCCCACAGUUGGUUGGGCUUUCUUUGGAUUCGUCUUCCUUUCUUUUGUCUUCCUUGGUGCUGGAGAAGUGCUUUCCAGGCAGGGCGUGGGCGGCAUAAUGCGGGUGUUAUGAUUUUACGAGGCACAUCUUCUUCCCUUUGAUGCAACGCUCCCCCCCCCAUUCCCCCAACCCCCCGUCCCCUCCUCUCCUUGUCUGUUUCUGGCACACUGUGACAGGAGGGUAUGGGCGGGUGGGGGGGGUUCUUCACAACCAAUCACCUCGGUUGCUCGUUAGCGGCGGUGUCGCUCUGUUUCCUUCCCGGCCUCCAAUCGGGCCGAAGCCUAGCCUAGCACUAAUCAGGUUCUUGGUUUCGCUCUCGUUAAAGUGCAGCCUUAUUAGCCCAGGUGUCACACUCACAAACACAACAUCAUGUAUCCCGAGGUGAGGCUAAACAUGGCAGGGAACAGGAUUAGCCUCGGUGGGGUGGGGUUGUGCGGGCUCUGGUUAGCAUCGGCACAUGUACCCGUGGACACACACGCGAACACACACACACACACACACACAAACACACCCACGGGAAGGGUUAUGCUGUUGUGCCAUAGCUGGAGACGGCCUGCCCGGUUAACCUCCUGUGGGCAGCAGACCUGUAGCGCGUUAUUCUUAGCAGAGGAACGCGGUGUCUUCGAGCGAAAGCCCCUUACGCUAAUUGAAGACACUGCUACACUGCUCAUGGACUCCUGUCCCGACUCAAGCCCUCCUGGGAGGGGUACUGCCUGCUGGGCUUGCAAAGAGCAGGUCGUGUUUGUUGGUGUGUGAAUGUGUUUAUGUAUGUGUUUUGUAUUAAUGUCUGCGUGUGUGCGUGUAUAUGUGUGAUUAAUCACAUUUGGAAGCCAUCUUCCUAAAUUUUGCACACACAUACUUGCAUACGCAAGCUAAACAUAACUUGUUACACCCUUUUAGAUUAAAGAUCCAACUGGGGCUUAUUACCAUAAUGUGAUUAUAUAUAGUAUAUGCAAUCAUAUAUAUUUUUUAUAAUAAUAAUUAUCAUAUUGCUGCAAUGCAACAGAAAUGUGUAUAUAAUAAUGUGUGUGUGUGUGUGUGUGUGUGUGUGUGUGUGUGUGUGUGUGUGUGUGUGUGUGUGUGUGUGUGUGUGUGUGUGUGUGUGUGUGUGUGUGUGUGUGUGUGUGUGUGUGUGAGUGUGUCGUGAAAAAAGACACAUUGAAAAAAGGAAAGAUAUAUAAAAGGACGUUGUUGUUGUAAUGUGUGUUAUUAGAUUUCUGAAAGCCAGGCAUAAUGCCUCGGACCAGAUGGUCCCCAGCAGCCCUGGGUAUGGCUCUUGAUAACAUUACAGUUGUGAAAAGGUCAGGCUCAUAGGAAAGUCUGUGUGUGUGUGUGUGUGUGUGUGUGUGUGUGUGUGUGUGUGUGUGUGUGUGUGUGUGUGUGUGUGUGUGUGUGUGUGUGCGCGCGUGCAUGUGUGUAUGUGUGUGAGAGGGGGCUGCCAUUCGCCGUCCCCUUCUUCACCUCAAUUCACUCCCUGCUACUCCCACUAUUAAGGUGUGUGUGUGUGUGUGUAUGUGUGUGUGUAUGUGUGUGUGUCUGUGCGUGUGCGUGCGUGCGUGCGUUAGAUCCGUUCAGAAAAGGCUGGGGGAAGCUUGUUAAGUUCUAAACCCUUUUCAUGGAUUCAACAUACUGGCAAUAGCACGGAUGCAAAUAUUGACUCUGGUCGCCUGAACCUUGGCAUGCGGCGCGGCGAGGUUCGGCAGGAGCUGCACUGCAAUAUUUGCAUGCUGAUAAAGCCCUUGUUCGGUGCCUUACAGUAGGCUCUGUGUGGUUCUCAUGCCCGCUCCUCCAGCCUUGGACUAUGGACCCCGGGCUGUAUGCACACAGCAGGUGAACCCAGGCGGCUUUCCUCCGAGAUCCCCCAUGUGCUUCUGACAAGCCUUUAUCAAAACAAUCACUCCUGCUUCUCUCUCUGCCUCCCUCUCUGCCUCUCUCUCUCCCUCCCUCUGUGUCUAUGGCUCUCGCCCUAUCUUUAUUUGUCUCUCUGUGUCUCUCUCUAACUCUAUCUUUAUCUAACUCGAUCCACCCUGACUUUCACUCUCUCCUCGACCCCCACUGUGGUUUGCAGUGUGUGCACCGUGCUGGAAGGAACUGAAGCUCGUUGCUGUCAGGAAGGGAUUGGUGGGUGGGUGGGGGGAUGGGGGGGGGGGGUUAUUUGUGUUGGUGCUACUGGUCACUGUGUCCCGUAUUCCGAUAACUAACUUGGAGCGGGGGCAGAGCUUAGCGUUAAUGUUUAAAAGUAAGUUGGUCAUUUUAACAGUAAAGAAAAAUAGACAAAGAAAACGAAAUAACAAAAAGGAAACAGAAGAAGAAUCCUCUUCGCCUCGCUGCCUCUCCUCCUCCUCCUACUCCGAAUGUCACGGGUGCCCAGACAUGAAGGAGAGUUGAGGGGUGGGUGGAGGUGGAGGCGCUUCACCGGGUGGCGGUUGGGGGAUAGGGGAGGGGAGGGGGGGGGUUGGGGGAGGUUGAGGGGGGCACUCCGGUGAGACAUUUUGAAAUUCUGUCUGUAUCUCGGAGCGACGGUGGAGGUUAAAGAUACAGCAUCGUGAUAAAUCUCUUCCCACCAGGGGGACGAGAGAUAAGGAGUGGGCGUAGAUUGAAUGAAAGAGAGGGAGAGGGGAGAGAGACAUAGAGGAGAGGAACAGAAACGGGAGGAGGGGAGCGGUUGUGGUGGUGGUGGGGGUCUGGGGUCUUUUUUUUUUUUGUCUUGCAGAUCCAGUUCAAGGGCGCCCGCGGGCGAGGUAGCUCUCACUGGCUGCCGUGCCAAUGCUGCGGCUGAAGGUCAUAUGAGCCAGCCCUGUGACAUUAAAGAGGAACAGGAAAGGGGAACUGCGCGCGUAUGUGUGUGUGUGUCAGUGUGUGUGUGUGUGUGUGUGUUUAUGUGUAUUUCCGUCUGUGUGUCUGUGUGUCUACUCCAGGCUCGCACGGAAUCAAGUUGUAAGGGAACGGUGACCUUUAGCUCUCUCUCCCUCAUGCUCUCUCUAUCACUCCUCUCUUCUGCUCUGCUUCCCCUGGUUUUCACUCGAUGUUUUUUUUGUGAUAGAGGGCAAAAAGCUUUUUUUUUAAGGGCCUGUAAUGAGAGUGUCUUAUUCUGUCUACACAGAGCCAAGAGAUGCUUGGUUAACUGCUUUGUAGUUGCCAGCCACACAUGCAGACUGUGUGUGUGCGUGUGUGGGUGCGUGUGUGUUGUUGAAAGAGGGAUAGAUGGGCAAAGAGAUGGAGGAGAGAAGUUUGGAGUGUUAAAAAAACCUCAAGGAGGAUGGCAGAUGAAAAAAGGUCCUAAAGUUAUUUAAAGGGACAGGACGCCAGCAGUGCCGGCCUGCCUGGAUUGUGACUUUCAGUAUGGUGAACUUCAGGGUGAUCUCCCUCUUAGUUACUAUAAAAGUAUUGCUGCAGUACCACUGACAGAUGUCAGACUGUGUCCUCCUGGGUGAUUAACGCCCAUCUGAAUAGUUUGGAGUUUCUUCCCUAGAUGACCUGCCAUCCUCCUUAGGUAAGAUGCUUAUCCGAGACAGGUUCUUUUAAAUGAUCAGUUUUCACUGUAGAUCGUCUCUCUGAACUGAUUCUAAAAUCAUUCAGGAUGAGAAAAACUGUUUGCGUUGCAUUUUGUCCCAUAAGGAGUGUGACUGAAGAGUCUUUCUCCAAAAAAAACCCAGAACAGUAGUUUCUUCAGCUGAUAUACUGCAGACUAUGUACAAUAUGCACACAUUGUUAUUCAUUGUAAGCUAAUAUCCAAUAGUUCAAAUUAGCCUUUUAAUUUGUAAACAUUCAGUUACUUCUGACAAGUGACCUGAUGUACGAGAGAACACAGCGUAAACAAUGAUGAAGUAAAGUCCUCGAGUACUUUUUCAAUAAAUGUGUCAGCUCACAAACUUGGCUAUGCAUUGCAUUGCACAUGUAUUGGAAGUAGCCAUGGUUACCACCUCCUAGAUCUCAGUAACCCGUAGAUGGAACAGUAUAUAGCCUAAUACUUCCACUUUGCAAUCCACACCGUCCAGUAUCGUUGAUAAGAUCUGAAGUGAGCCUGGGAUCGCACAUUGAACUGUUUCACUCCCUUCAGGAGUUGAGUUACACUCCUAUAGAUGAGCUGACCCACUCUGACGGUGUUGUUUACAUUGUAGAGGCGUGACCUACAGGCAAAUCAUGUGUAGGCCUGCAGGUGUAUUCAAUGGCGGAUGCUCCGUGCCAGCAAUAUCUCAGCCUAAGAUAGCGGAGCGGAGCGCUUUUUCUAACCGUAAUGGUAAUGACACCAAAUUUUGUAGCUUUUUGAAAAAUGCCUCUAUUACUGAGCAUCUAUCAUCUUUUAUAGCCAGAACAUGGGGGAGGAGAAUGCGUCUGCCCUUUAAUUUUUAAUGUUAGCCCGAGUCGUCGCUCUGCUGACAAUGUAUUGGAUUCGAUCCCCUUAACUUCCCUGAUCUUUUCAGAAGAUAAAGGGCAUGUAGUUGCCAGAGUGGACCCCGGAUCGUGCUUGCAAUCAUCUAAUUGUUAUUUUAGAUGUACGUGAGAGCACAAUAACAAACUAGUUAUUGCUUGAGUGCAUAGUCACUCUCCCAGUGCUGCUAAUGGAGCAGCCCCCAGCCUAUGCAUCAAUAUGACAAGACAGAUUAGCAUCUCAAGACUUUGGGAGCGUUUUAGCAUAAUGGCAUCCUGGCAUACAGGAGACCCGCUGAAAGAACAAGGGAGGGACCAGCUAACCUCAGUUAGCUGAGUCAUGACAAUGGAAAACACGGGAAUGGAAGUUUCUGGAGAGCGUGCCAGAAAACACGAACGUGCCACUUCGACGUUUGCAUUGUCAAGCAUGUUGAAAUAAUACAAGCUUUCACGUUUCAUUAUUAUUUAUUAUUUUGUGUAUCCCUAAAUCAGUGGGUAAUUUAAGUAAGUAUCAGAGUAGGGCAGAGGUUUUGAGUGUUUAAGGUAACUGUAAUGGGGAAUUGAUCAGAGCAUGCAACAUUAAUGGAUUAAAAGCUGUUAUGUCAAUCCUGUUUAAGGGAAUUGAUGUUCACUUGCCUGACUUCCUCUUUCUGCUCAGGUUCGCUGGGUGUUCUCUAAAUGGCUGCAAAAUGGGUCCUGACACAGAAGGGGGAAAACUGCUGGCAGAAAACUGCUAUGCGCUGGACUCCCCGGGAUAAGACUCAGCCCAUGGAGCUGCUAGUAUUUCAAGCAAGUGCUUGUAAAACCAACAUUUACAAAUUAGGUUUUCACGAACAUUAGCCUUCGCUUGCCAACAUCAGCACCGACGCCCACUGUUAUUUUACAAAGGUCAAAAUUUCAGCCAGUAAGAAAUCCUCAUGAAUUAUGAAUUACCGCUGACAUUACUAGGUGAGAUUAAUAUAUGCAGCAUAUAAAGUGUGCGCUUUGGAGGUAAAGUUAUUUAUUCACAUUAUUCAAUGAACUGAAUGAUCGUGAUAAACAAUUGCGUUUGGAUAUUAUCUGAACCGUUUGCACAAUUUAUAAAGGUUAUAUAAAAUCCUGAUUCGAUAAAAUCCUGAUGUUACACAGCUACAAAACCAAGGGCAAAAUGGUUUCGGGUAAGUCCAGAAAUUCGGUUAAGUAUCCGCAAACUCUUUCUACUUUCUACUCAGACAGGAUUUACAGGAUAAGUGUCCCUCGCUCUUCUGACGCAAUCGGCUUGAACACUCAACCACUCAAAGCUGGAUUUGACGCUCCACUGAACCCUGUUGAACUUUGACACGUCCCCCCGAUGGGCGACUGGUAAAGCUGAAAGGGUGCCACCAUAAGAAGCCCCCGAAGGUUUGGGAGUAACUAUCCUCCUGAGCAAUGGAAUGUGUCAACAGAAACUCUGUGGAGAAAUCCUGCUGACUGCUACGUUCCUCUCGCACAAGCCCGGAGCCGGGGCCUUCUGGGAUCAACCACUGUUCAGAGGCACAGAGCAGUGCCAGUAGGGCCCUCUUGCCCUAGAAUGGCUCUACGUGUGUUGGCAGUUUCAUUGCCCUGCUGACUGUAUAAAGAGACACAUCUAGUCAGUGGAUCCUCGUACCAACCCCCGCUGGACUCAUUCUGGGCGGCAACUGCUUACCUUCUGUUUCUCUGUUCUUCGGAAGUACAUGCCACUGUCAGUCAAAUGAUCCAGUGGACAUUGCUUUCCCAGUAGCAUUGCCAAACCAUACGAGGGACUCCUAGUAUUGAACAUGACUCAUGGGGAGGAGCCUGGCCCUGAGACACACAAGGAUUCAGCUGUUCUAACUUAUCUGGAAGGUUUACUGAUGCAUCCGGUGGUGACCGGGUCCGGGGCCACGGCGAGCAGGAGGUCGGAGGCAGCCCACCACAACCAGGAGCAGGCCGACAAGGUGGGAGGCUCCUUCCAGCUGCCUAACCACGGCCCUGCCACACCCAAGGCCGGGACCAACGGGCCCUCACUGGGUGUCUCGCAGAACCUGAAGAAGGCCCGUCUGCUGCGCUCCGAGGUCUGGAACGAGCCAGUGAACCAACGCGUGAGCCCCCCUUUGGCGGAACUAAAUGGCCAAGGGGGAGGUUUACAGAACGGAAACCGGGAGGGCUCUCCACAUGCCGGGGAGAGCACCCUGCUGGCCUCCCUGCUCCAGUCCUUCAGCUCCCGGUUGCAGAGCGUGGCCUUGUCCCAGCAUGCCAAUAAGCCAGCCAGUGAGUGUUCCCCACCACCCAAGGCCCCCGCCACAGAGAAAGAGCCGCUUCCUGUUUAUGGCACGGCAUCAAGCCGCUUGAAGGGACUGAUGAGGAAAAAUAAACUGCAGAAUCAUAGCAACACGCCUUACAGCCGCCGCGGACACAACCAGGACAGACCUCCAGAGUCACCGCGCUCGGCACACAGCGCCACGCCUCCAUCUGCUCCCGUGUCGACCGAGACCGUGUCCUGCACCGAGCGCCUCAAGGCCGUUGCCAACAUGGUGAAGAUUCGCUCCAGCCCGGCUCCCUCACCCAAACCCAGCGUGGCCUGCAGUCAGCUGGCACUGUUGCUCUCCAGCGAGGCCCACCUGCAGCAAUACUCCCGUGAGCAUGCGCUGAAAGCCCAGCUCUCGGGCCGCUCUGCCAGCGAACGGCUCGCUGCCAUGGCAACACAGCAGCUAGGUCAGGGCAAAAGGCCACCCAGCGCAGGAGAGGCUCCUCCUGUAGCCCAAGAUGGAUUAAGCCCCCUCACCACCCAGAACGGGAAGACGUCAACAAACACGGCUACUCCAACACUCCCACGUAUGGCCCAUUCCUGCCCUCAGAGCCCUUCCCUGCUCCACAGUCGCAGCCAGAGCCAGACCUCCCCUCCCCCAGUCGCCCAGGGUGUCAGCCACGCCCCGAGCCAGCAACCCAGGGAAAAGCGGGGCUUUGACUCCCGUCCCAUGCGCCCCCCACAGACCUGCAGCAGUUUGCUGCUGCUGCUUCUCAACAACCACAACAACCAGAAGCAGCUGACCAAGAACGGCCACCUGGAGGAGAGCUGUGGCCUCCUGCCGCCCAGUGGCUCUUCCUCGGUCACCUCCGACAGCGAGUGCUCCACUCAAGAGAGGAGCGUGGCCAAGGACAGCAGUGACGCUGAGAGCACCUACUCAAGCAGCUCGCCCAUCGACCUCUCAUUGAGAGGCCGGGCCAAUGCCCACGCCUCCGGAUACAAGGUCAACACCACCACCGCCACCACCUCUUCCUCCUCCUCCUCCUCCUCCUCGUUGUCCUCCUCCUCCACAGUCUUCUCAUCUGCCCCUGCUGCGUUCUCACCCCCUCCCUCUGCUCACUGUUCCUCUGUAACCUUCUCAUCCCCCAGUGCUGUUGUCCCCUCUGCCUCUUCCUCCUUUGCCUCUCCAUCCUCCUCCUACAACACAUCUUCCUUAGACAAGCUGACCGAAACGCUGAUAAACAAGUGGAAACCAGAGCCAUCCUGGUCGCAGGGCCCCAAGAGCCAUGAGCCUGAAUCGAAGCCAGACAUUAAAUCACAUUCUAAGGUCACUCUCAUGCAGCUCCUCCUUGAACGCAGGAAUAAUGACAACAAGGGGAAUAGAUGUGCAGCUAAUGAGGAUUUGCCACUUGACGUGACCAUGGCCACCAUGUCUCGGGGCCCAGCCGAUGAACUUUUGGCCUGGGAUGAAUCCAGGACAAAGAGCCCCUUGGAAAAGCUAGGAGCUUCGGCCCAGUCCCGCUGUUCCCUCAGCCGAGACCCCGGCGGCUCACUGUCGCUUCAUUCCUCCCCCUCCCCCCACAUUCAAUCCAGCCCACUGGAUUUGUGCAAAUCUAAAUCCUUCCCUGCUGAGAAGGCUUCGGAGCCAGCCUUCAGUGCCAGUAAAUUGUUGCAGAAUUUGGCCCAGUGUGGUACGGCGUCACCAUCUCCGCCAAUGCCCCUAAGCAAAGUUCAGGGCCAGGAUGUGGAAGUUGGAAAGCCCCUAGUACUGUUGGAGAGACUCAGUGCCCCCAUCCACAGGAACACCACCACUCCUUUGUCCGAAAGGCCCUCAGGCAGUGGCACGCCGUUCAGCCGCAGUGAGGCCUCUCCCCCGUCCUCCCAGAUUGAGAACCUUCUAGAGAGGCGCACAGUGCUGCAGCUGUUGCUAGGAACAGGCUCGGCCGCAGCCACGGUUCACCGCAAAGACAGACCUGUGGCUGGAGGUGCGCCGAGGACAGUGGAGUGGCCCGGGAUGAGCUUUGAGAAAAGCCUCGGCACCUCGGUCAUCUGUGACAGCUCUAACGGCCCCGCUGUAGACGUCAAGGUCAAAACAGAGGCCGAAGAGGAAGUGGCUCGAUCUCCGGCCACCUCCGUGGAUUCAGUGGUCAGAAAGAGAAGGGGGGGCCCUGACAAAAACAGCCCUACCCCAGACCCCCCACAUGACUUUAAAACAGAGCCACGGCCUGCAGAGGUCAUUGCCAAAUACGGCCUUCUCAGUCAGCUCCUGAAACAACAGAAUGCUACAUACUACAGCAGUGCUGCUAUGCAGACAGAGACACAGCCCAGACCGGUGAAGGAGGAACAGAGGGAUUACCACGGGCCCAGCCCAAAGAAAAGACGCCCGUUCCCUGAUGUGACCGACAGCGUCCACAGUAUCAGGUCCCCAAGGGCAGUGGAUAGCGGGGAUGGAGGCAACACUCGCCCAUCUCCUUUCCAGGAGGAUCCUCCUCAACAAAGGAGGCCCAAGGAGGAGGAAGCUCUAAGCGGCAGUCCCCCAAGUGAAUACCUUGCCAGAGAAAGCCGUGGAUUCAACGUGCUUAAACAGCUUCUGCUGUCUGAUAACUGCCUGAAGGAACUGUCCCAGCAGUCCAGGGGUGCACCCAGCCCCUCAGUGCUGCAGACCAAUGGCAAGGCCAACGGAAGCAUCCUCAGUCAGCCCACCCACAACAACCACAACUUCCUCCAAUCACCAUGGCAGCCCCACAGCUCACUCAGUUCGGGGCUCCCAGGUAACCUCAGACCCCUGCCAACGCCUCCAGCCUGCGAAAUCCCUCUGCGCUCCCCCUGGGGACGCAAUGUGAGCCACCUUAGCCCUUGGCAAGUACCCCCGAAAAGGGAUGCACCAACUCUGGUCAAACAAGAACCAGAGAGCCCGUCACGGUGGGCAGGGCAGGAGGAAGAGGCGGAGGGCUGUGACUCAAACCCCGACUCUCCCCGGCUGACCCGCUCCAACCCUAUCCUCUAUUACAUGUUGCAGAAGGGUAGUGCUCAGCUGAGGAAGGAGGCUAGGGAUCAGACAGAAGGGAACCCGCCCAUGGUCCGCGUUAAGGAGGAGCCAAUCAGUGACGUGCAUGCUUAUGAACACAAACUGAGCUCCGCCCCACACUCGCCAUCCCACAAUGAAAAGCACAGCCACAAGAGCCAGCGGCUGAGCCAAUCAUCUGAAUAGAGGUUUUAUCUAAGGUAGAAACCUUUAUCAAAACAGAAAAAAAUGACUAAAGAUUACAAUUAUACUUUUUCGUUCUUUUUUACUGACUUGCCAAAUUGGUUUGCAGUUUAAUGAAAUGAAAUGACAGAAUGCUGAAUAUACGAUUUUUUUGUAAACUGGCGCAAGUUCAAGUUCAAAGACAUAUAUCAUGACUUUGUUAUUUAAAAUGUUUAGGUUAUUGAAUGGUACAGAAUAGCUCUAUGUUAGCAGAAUGUCAAUCGAUUAAACCAAAAUAAUGGAAGCAUCCAAUCUAUUUUCCUCCAUUUCUGAUAGUCAUGCAAUUGUAUUUAACCUUCUGAAUUCCAAAGUCCACCUAAAAAAUUGGGUACAAUUUGUCUGAUUUUUUCUCAAACCAGUCCCAAUCAGUUUUUUAUCUGGUACAGAAUAAAAUGAAUUAGGGUAAGCACAGCAGUCCUUUACAAAGAAGUACACCAAGAAACAUUUAAAGGACGACCCUAAAGACUAUAUUCACAGCAACGGAAGAGAUAAUUCCAAUGAUGAAUGUUUUGGUUAUUUUCAUCUCUGAUUCCCUCAAGAAUCAUGGUUUAUUUAAAAGUUAAAUCAUAAAACAGUAAAUUGCGGUCAACAAUUCAUUGUAAUUUGCUUUGAUCUGAAUUGAACUUGUUAGACUAAAUUUCAACAGUGCAAAUUUCCAUGUCUAUACUGGGGGAAUGUGCACUUUGUUGCAGUGGCAAGAAACUAUCACCUUCCCAUUCAUUGUAAACUAGCACUAUUUUGCCAAUGCACACAGACAUGGCAUCAAGCUGUUGGAUCUUUACAUAUAGUCCGAAAUUCAGACCAAAGUUUGCACUGUUGAUAUGUUUCUAGUCUUUGGUGUCCUACGGAUAAGUUCAUGGCAUGUUAUAAACAAUGUCAGUAUUGUUAUAUGUUGAGAAUUUGACAGUUUGUGACUUUAAUCAUUUCUUGACUCUUGUGCUGUAUGGACACCUUUUUUGUGGCGGUCUCUUAAGUCAUAAAAUGUCAGAAGAAUUGCAUGAAAAUAAAGAAGAAGAAAAAAACCACAUAGGUACAGUUUCCAUUGCAGCUGGAUCUAUGUACCUGCCCCAAUCCUGUAAUACUCACCAAGACAUGCUGGUGUCUUGAGGGAUACCUGGUUUCUAGCUCCUUAUUUUUGAUUGUACUGUAUUUUUCUCAGUAUCAGUUUUAGUUUCACACACUGUGUUGUCCAUUACUUUAAGUACAUAUACCUUAUGAAUAAUGUUUCUUCUAAUACAAAUACAUUUUCACAAUGGUUAAAUAUAUUUGUGUAAAUAGUACUUUCAUUAUGAAAGAUGACUAUUUUGUAUUGUUGAAGAAAAAGAUAUUACCCUAGUUUUUAAUUCCCUGAAUAUGUAAAUAUGAAUUAUAUGCGUACUAGUGUACAUACAAAGGCAGAGGAUGCUAUGCCCAUCUCUUUUCGUUUGUUUUCUUUUCGUUGGUUUGUUCUUUGCAUGUGUCUCAAUGUGGUAACUGAUAAUCCUAUCCUGCGCUGUGUCGUGUAACAAUAUGUCUGACUCGUCACUGCUGCUUGGUGCAUGCAGACGCAUGGUGAAACUACCUGUGUAUCCCUACUGGUGAUGGGGGUGGGUGGGGGGUGGGGGGGUGGGUCGGGCGGGAAAUGUCAAGUCUUAAAAUAGGUCUUCAUUUUUUUUUUUUUUCUCAAGGCGGUUCGUUUAGAAUAUGAACAGUCCCUAAAUAACCACAUGGCUAUUGAGCAAGUUGACGAAGAUGUGUGAAAAUAUAUGUGCAUUGAAUAUUUUUGUGAUCUUUCUUUUAUUUCUUUUCUGUUACUGGUUAAGAAAAGGCUCUGUGAUGUGACCUGGGCUUGGGGCUGUUAUGGCGGAUUGACGUACAAUCAUAGACAUGCAUUGUGCAUCUGAGAAAUACAUUUGUAGCAACAAAUUGAAAAAAAAAGGUGUUUCAUUUUUCCAUGUGAAGAAAUGAAACCUAAUUUCAUUUUUUAUGUUGUCAUUUUUGGUGUUCAUUUGCACUGAUAUCUCAAAAAUAAAGUUCUAAAAUGCA